AUGGGCAGUGACCAAGAGGAGGGGCUCCUUCAUCAGCUGAGCCAACUGGAGCAUGAUGCAGAGCUCCUGGAAGACACUGACACCACUGGGCUCUUCGCCACCCCCUGGGAAGAGCAGCUGCUGGAGGGGGAGAAGCAGCCGCCCAGCACGGGGCAGGGCCCCUUCUUCUACAUCGGAGGCACCAAUGGGGCCUCCAUAAUUAGUGCCUACUGUAGGAACAAAGGCUGGCAGCGCACACAGGACAGCCGGCGGGAGGACUACAAGCUCAAGUGGUGUGAAGUCAAGUGCCGGGACACCUACUGCAGCUUCCGGGAAGGUGAACAGCUCCUUUACCAACUCCCCAACAACAAGCUCCUCACCACCAAGAUUGGGCUGCUCAGCGCCCUGAGGGCAUACUCAAGGGUCGCGAACAAGAUCAACAAGACAUCUCUGUCCACCCAAGCCAAGGGCCUGAGAAUGGAAGAGUUUUUCCCAGAGACCUACCGCCUGGACAUCAGGGAUGAGCGAGAGGCCUUCUUUGCCCUGUUUGAUGAGACCCAGACCUGGAUCUGCAAGCCGACGGCCUCCAACCAGGGCAAGGGCAUCUUCCUGCUCAGGAACCAGGAGGAGGUCAACUCUCUCCAGGCCAAGACACAGAGCAUGGAGAUUGACCCCGCCUACCGCAAAAUGCCGUUCAGGGCGCCUCAGGCACGGAUCGUGCAGAGGUACAUCGAGAACCCACUGCUGCUGGACGGGAAGAAGUUUGAUGUGCGUUCAUACCUGCUCAUCGCCUGCACCAUGCCCUACAUGGUUUUCUUCUGCCACGGCUAUGCCCGCCUCACCCUCGGGCUCUACGACCCCCACUCCAAUGACCUCGGUGGCCACUUGACCAACCAGUUCAUGCAGAAGAAGAGCCCCCUCUACGUGCUGCUCAAGGAGGACACAGUGUGGAGCAUGGAGCACCUCAAUCGCCACAUCAACGACAAGUUCAGGAAAGCCAAGGGCCUCCCCAGAGACUGGGUCUUCACCACCUUCACGAAGCGGAUGCAGCAGAUCAUGGCUCACUGCUUCCUGGCUGUCAAAUCCAAGCUGGAGUGCAAGCUGGGCUACUUCGACCUCAUCGGCUGUGACUUCCUGAUCGAUGAGAAUUUCAAGGUGUGGCUGCUGGAGAUGAAUGCCAACCCUGCCCUGCAUACUAACUGUGAGGUCCUGAAGGAGGUGAUUCCAGGAGUGGUCAUGGAGACCCUGGACCUGGCGCUGGAGACCUUCCAGAAGAGCCUGCGCAACCAAAAGAUGCUGCCCCUGGCGUCGCAGCGCCGCUUUGUGCUUCUGCACAAUGGCGAGACGGACCUGUGGCCGCGCCUGGGAGGCUCGCGCUUGUCCUGCCGCCCCCCGCCCGCGCCAUCGGGCCCCCGGCUGGCCUACGAGACCACCCCAUCGGCUCCGCCGCCGCCGGCCCGGGCCUCAGACAAGCCGGGCGCGCGCAGGCCCGCGCCGCCCCGAGACUCUGGUGGUAGGGGUUCCUCCUCGGCUCAGCGGCGCCCCCGGCCAUCACAGGACACCGAGGCCCGGGCGCCCGGCCCCACGGAGCUCCAGUUCGACCUCUGGGACGCGGAGGUUCCGGCCGCCCGGCGUCCGCUCGCGGGCGGCGAGGCCUUGACGCGGGAGCCCUACGGGGGGCCGGCGGUAGACGAGCGCGAGGAGGAGCUCGAGGGGCGCAGGGCUGCGGGCCACCGGGGAUCCUAA